GGCCGCGCUGCUGACAAACCCAAAAGAUUCCGUUCCCAAGCCACGCCCGGGGCAGCUCGUCAAACACCCACCAAACCCACACCUAAACCGCUAUCGUUUUGCAACUUGCAUCACGCCGUACAAAAAAACAAAGCAUUAAGCAUCUCCCCCCUCCAGCCCUUCCCCCCUAAUACGAAUCAUUUUGGUUAAUAACACACAACCGGAGGAGAAAGAGAAACCUCCGCUUCCUCUCUGUCCCGCACGCACCACCGAGUCGGUCGUCCCAGCCGCCGCCGCUCCGCAUCUCGCCAUGUGCGGGGGGUGCUGCCGCCGCCAAAGCGGCCCCGGCGGGCGCCGCCGGGGUUGGUGCGGGCCCUUCCUCGCCGUGGUGGCCCUGGCGGUGUCCGCGGCGGUCGCGUUCCUGGAGGGCACAGCCGGCGGGGUCUCCUACGCGGGGGACGGGUGGCUGCGCGAGUGCGCCAAGUGGGACGCCGAGGGCGGGCGGUUCCUGGCGUCCACCAUCUUCGGCGCCAGCGUCGCGGAGGUGCGCGGCGGCGAGGCGGAGGAGCGGGUGGUCCUGGCGGACCCCGACGCCGCCGGGAGGGUCACGCUGGGGCUCGCCGUCGACGCGCCCAGGCGGCGCCUGCUCCUGGUCUACGCCGACCGCCUGCCGCGGAUGGGGUACGCCGCGCUGGGCGCCUACGAGCUCGGCUCGUGGCGCCGCCUCUUCCUCACCCGCCUCGACGUGCCAGGCGAAUCUACGUUUCCCGACGACGUCGCCGCCGACGAGGACGGCAACGCCUACGUGACUGAUGCCUUGGGAAGCAAGAUCUGGAAGGUCAGCCCGGACGGCGCGCUGCUCGGCGUCAUCAGGAACGCCACGUUCACGCAGCGACCGGGGGCGCUGCACAACUUGGUCGGCCUGAACGGCAUCGUGUACCACCCGAACGGCUACCUCCUCGUCGUCCACACCUCCGGCGGCGAACUCUUCAAGGUCGACCCCAAGACGGAGACCGUGCGCGUCGUCAAGGUGCGGGGGUCGCUGAAGAGAGGGGACGGGCUGGAGCUGCUCUCGGCGACGAGGCUGGUGGUCGCCGGCCCGCCGAGCCGGCUGGUGGAGAGCUCCGACGACUGGGAGACCGCGAGCGUCACGGGGCAGUACGUCGGGCCAAUCCACCGGGUCGGGUCGUCGGCGACGGUGAAGGACGGGGACGUGUACGUCAACCACAUCUUCGGGUUCGGGCUCGGCAAGAAGAAGACGCACGUCCUUGCCAAGGCGGUGUUCUCGCCGUUGGCCGCAGCGAGUUGACGGCCGGCGGCGCCUCCGCCGUUGUGAGAUGGGUUGACUCCGUCCCUAAAAUCAGACAGACAACCAAACAAUAGAUGGGUCGGCUCCGUUCUCAAAAUGAGGGUUGGAGCCAACCCAACCCACUGGUCCCGCAACCAAACACACGGUUAGGCUCCAACGUCCAACCA